AGAGAUCUUCUUUCCUUGUCUGUGGCGCACUGGAGACGAGUGUAACAUACCUUAGUACCGUCGUACUUAACUACGGACCAGUUAGAUAUAUCUUUGCAUCAGUGAUGUGUAUAUACAGGAGUACAUGCAGCCCGCGUAUUUCCCAUGAUCCCGAGUGAAGCGCACAUCCGUACCAUUCUCGUGGGUGAUCUCGUGUUUGAGUUAUAAAAGUUAACGAUAGUUUUGUGCUUUCAUAAUGCCGGCUAAGAGGGGUAAACGAACUGCAACUAAAGCUUCCACGCAAGUUGAAGAAAACCAGACUAACAUGGAAGAGCAAGGAACCGAUCAACUUCCGGCUAAAAAGAAAGGCAGGGUCGCGAAACCUAAAGCUGUUUUAGAACAAGCUGAACUAAUUGAAGCUCCGAAUAAGAAGCCAGGAAGAGGCAAAAAGAACAAGACAGAUGAAGAACCUGUUGAUGAAAAUAAAGGGCCUUCAAAAGAUGAAAAUGAAGUUGAGGCCACUAAAAUGGUACCUAAGCGAGGACAGUCAUCGAAGAAAACUGAUGCGGAAAAGCCAAAGGAUAAAGAUGGUGAGGUGCAGGAGCCUCAACGCAAAGGGGCCAUUCGAGCAGCUAAAAGAGGUAUUAGUAUGGCAGAAGGGGCUGAUGAGAAAGUACAAAAACCGACUACGGUAAGAGGAAGAAAGGCUACUAACAAACAAGCAGAAAGUGGAGAUGGAGAACCUGAUGUUAAGAAGGCUCAGAGUCAACCCAAAUCUAAAAAAGAAGGCGAUGAGACAAAGCCUAAACGCAAAGUACGGCAGCAGAAGAAUGCAUCUAAGGGAAAAGAAGUUGGUAAGGGUAAUAACCCUGCAGAAAAUGAUGACGGUGACCAGGAUGCAGACACCGUUGGUCUUGAGGGAAGAGAACUGAGAGUUGCUCUAGAGCAUUGUAAAUCUUGACAGAUUUUCCACCGUAAGGCUGUGGAGUUGAGUGAUUCUUUAAGAACUCUGUGGCCUAAUAUUGAAAUAACAUUGAAUUCAAAAGUUCCUAGGAGAGGAGCCUUUGAAUUUAUUCUUAUCAAAGGGGAUGGAUCAGAGGUCUUAAUUUGGAGUGGAAUUGAGAAGGGACCUCCACGCAAAGAAAAAUUUCCUGAACCUCAGACACUUAUCAGUGCUUUGAAAGCUGCAUUGUAGAAAUGUAAGAGAAGGGUGAUUUUGAUAUGCCUUAGGUUGUUUCUAAAUUAUGACAAGUUGAAUACAAAGAAUCUUGAAUUUUCAGUCAACUUUGAUGUUAAUAGAAUCAGUUUAAGGUUGCAUAAAUGCCAUGCUCUUUCACCAUUCAAAUAAAUGUUUAAUUUUUUUUUAAUAUGUGUAUACCAGUCUAUGUUGUUGACUUGAUUAUUUGACUUUCAAGGUAUUCCAUGUAUCAGUUUCAUUUAUUGGCCCACUCAAGUUACAAGGGACCAAUAUCAGUUAGUUGUACUUACUAGUACUGUUUUUGUUACCUUCAUUGCCAAUUCACAUCAACCCUUAUAGUUACAAAUGCUUUCUUUGUUACAUUUUAAGUAUUUGUUUUAGAUGGUUGAGUCUUAAUAAAUGUCUGAUUUAAUGAUCUUUUAGUUUUAAUGAUUUUGUUUCUUCUGUCCUAAUAAAUGUAAAUAGGGCAUUUACCCUAAAGAUUUUGUGUUACAUUUCAUUAUGAAGUACUCUAAAGUAUGACUUGGAUGUGAGUGUUAGUAGUAACAGGUUUCAAUUUCAUAAGGAUUUUAGUAUGUCAUUUAUUUGCAAGUGUUUGGAAUUAGUUAUCUCUUGUAACAAGUCACAUUGCAGUUGUAAGUUAAGUGGAGAUAAAGAAUUUUGGAAUCAAUCGUAGUACUUAUGUUACAUUUAAAAAUGUAACCGUUUUUAUAGAUUGCAGUCUCACAUGUAUGUAUCUGGGCUCUGUCAAUAAAUCCGUUUUACAGACGUUCAA